AUGCUAUCUUUCAGGUUUUAUAAAGACUAAAUGGAACAUAGUAACAAUGUGACAGAAUUUGUCCUCCUGGGCCUCACUCAGGAUCCUGAGGGCCAAAAAGCAUUGUCUGUCAUAUUUCUACUCACCUAUAUUGUGACAAUGGUGGGCAACCUGCUCAUCGUGGUGACUGUUCUUGCCAGCCCCUCCCUGGCCUCCCCCAUGUACCUCUUCCUGGCCUAUCUGUCACUCCUGGAUGCGGUUUAUUCCACUGCCAUUUCACCCAAAUUGAUUAUAAACUUAGUCUGUGGUCAAAAGACAAUUUCCUUCCCAGCUUGCAUGGGACAGCUCUUUCUGGAACACUUUUUUGGGGGUGCUGAGGUCUUCCUUCUGGUGGCGAUGGCCUAUGAUCGCUAUGUGGCCAUCUGUAAGCCACUGCACUACAUCAGCAUGAUGAACAGACAGGUUUGCAUCCUGCUGUUGGUGGUGGCUUGGGUCGGAGGUUUUGUGCAUUCUGUGGUCCAACUUCUCUUUGUGUACAGCCUCCCCUUUUGUGGCCCCAAUGUCAUCGACCACUUCAUGUGUGACAUGUACCCACUACUGGAGCUUGCCUGCACUGACACCCACUUUGUAGGCCUCACCGUAGUUGCCAAUGGCGGAGUCAUCUGUAUGCUCAUCUUCAUUUUUCUACUAAUCUCCUAUGGCGUCAUCCUCAGUUCCCUUAAAACGCGUAAUCAGGAAGGGAGGCGCAAAGCCCUUUCCACCUGUGGUUCCCACAUCGUGGUGGUCGUCCUCUUUUUUGUUCCCUGUAUUUUCAUGUAUGUUAGACCUGUUUCUAACUUCCCCAUUGAUAAAUUCAUAACGGUGUUUUAUACUGUUAUCACUCCCAUGUUGAAUCCUUUAAUAUACACUUUGAGAAAUUCGGAAGUGAAAAAUGCCGUGAAAAGACUCUGGUGUAAAAACCGAACUAUAGAUACAAGGAGAAUGGGUCACCCGUACUGA